AUGCAACAGAAAUGUAUUAAUUACCUUAAGAAAGUAGACGCUAACACAGAUCUUCUUGUCAAACGAUUUUCUGAAUUAGUGGAACUUUCAUCGUCUACCCCAAAAUCAGGCGAAGAUGAUGAUGUGCACCCCCAAAAAGGAAUGAACAUUAACGUUAUUGCCACCUCCACUCUAGCUCUUGAGUCUAAUGCUUCCAACAUCGUCAGAUUGUUGGAAGAGUUGUUAUUAAUCACUAGAAGUAUGAAAGAGCAGUGGAUUUUACAGCGAUUGCCAAAUUCGGUCGCGGACUUGGAAGAUCGUUACAAGGAACAGGAAAUUGGAGAAUAUGAGCAGCGAAACGAAAUUUUGGAAGGUAUGAUUGGGGAAUUGAUGGAUCGUAUUACAAAAGUCGAUUACAUGGGGUCAUCAGCAUGA